AUGGCCUCGGUCCCGCCUCCGCCCCCGCCAGGAUGGGGCGCCGGUGCACCUCCUCCGCCUCCCGGUAUGGCCCCUCCGCCUGGCAUGGCACCUCCGCCGCCGGGCUAUCGCCCACCAGUCGAUCCUCGGGUGGCCAAGUUCGCGCAAAAGAAGAAGGAGUGGCUUAGGACACAGCGCAAUCGAUUUGGCGAGAAACGCAAGGGUGGCUUUGUCGAGACACAAAAGGCAGAUAUGCCUCCGGAGCAUCUGCGCAAAAUCGUCAGAGAUAUUGGGGAUGUCAGCCAGAAGAAGUUCAGCAGCGACAAGAGGAGUUACCUGGGCGCGUUGAAGUACAUGCCGCAUGCCGUCUUCAAGUUGCUGGAGAAUAUGCCGAUGCCGUGGGAAAGUGCCCGAGAGGUGAAAGUGCUAUACCACGUCAACGGCUGCCUGACGCUCGUCAACGAGACGCCGCGGGUUAUCGAGCCCAUCUUUCAUGCGCAGUGGGCGACGAUGUGGGUCUCGAUGAGGCGGGAGAAGAGUGACAGACGACAUUUCAAGCGCAUGCGAUUCCCUCCCUUCGACGACGAGGAGCCACCCCUGUCCUGGUCGGAGAACAUCGAAGACGUGGAGCCUCUCGAGCCUAUACAGAUGGAAUUGGACGAGAACGAGGAUGGCCCCAUCUACGAGUGGUUCUACGAUCACCGACCUCUGCUGGACACACCACACGUCAACGGCCCAAGUUACAAGACGUGGAAUUUAUCGUUGCCGCAAAUGGCGACGCUUUACAGAUUGUCGCAUCAGUUACUGAGCGAUGUGGUAGACAAGAACUACUUCCACAUGUUCGAUCGGGAGAGUUUUUUCACCGCCAAAGCACUCAACGUGGCUAUUCCGGGCGGGCCUCGCUUCGAACCGCUGUACAAGGACAUUGACCCUAAUGACGAGGACUUUGGUGAAUUCAACGCCAUUGACAGAAUCAUCUUCCGUGCGCCUAUUCGGACCGAGUACCGAGUUGCAUUCCCCUAUCUGUACAAUUCCCUACCGCGUAGCGUCAAGCUUUCGUGGUACUCGCACCCUCAGAUUGUCUCCGUCAGGGCGGAGGACCCGAACCUGCCGGCCUUUUAUUUUGAUCCUGCCAUCAAUCCCAUCUCAUCUCGCUCAGUCGCGCCAAAGAACAUCACGGUCAGCCAUGAAGACGAGAUCUUUGGUGCGGGCAAUAAUGAGGACGACGAAUUUGAGCUUCCAGGCAACGUCGAACCAUUCCUUGCCGAUGAGGAGCUGUACACAAGUGAGACGGCUUCCGCUAUUGCUCUGUGGUGGGCUCCCUUCCCAUUUGAUCGACGAUCCGGAAAAAUGGUUCGGGCUCAAGAUGUGCCACUUGUCAAGCAGUGGUAUCUUGAGCACUGUCCUCCUGGCCAGCCGGUCAAGGUUCGAGUCUCAUAUCAAAAGUUGUUGAAGAGUUAUGUUUUGAACGAACUACAUCGCAAGAAACCUAAGGCGCAUAACAAGCAAGAUCUCCUCAAGACGUUGAAAUCCACCAAAUUCUUCCAACAGACCACCAUCGACUGGGUUGAAGCUGGAUUACAGGUCUGCCGACAAGGCUUCAACAUGUUGAAUCUCCUCAUCCAUCGAAAGAACUUGACGUAUCUGCAUCUUGAUUACAACUUCAACCUCAAACCAGUCAAGACUCUGACCACCAAAGAACGCAAGAAGUCAAGAUUCGGCAACGCUUUCCACUUGAUGCGUGAGAUCUUGAGAUUGACAAAGCUCAUAGUUGAUGCCCAGGUUCAGUAUAGACUUGGCAAUAUCGACGCCUUCCAGCUGGCUGAUGGUAUUCUUUACGCUUUCAACCAUGUUGGCCAGCUUACGGGUAUGUACCGGUACAAGUACAAGCUCAUGCAUCAGAUCCGCUCUUGCAAAGACUUGAAACACUUGAUCUACUACCGUUUCAAUUCUGGCCCUGUGGGUAAAGGCCCUGGUUGUGGCUUCUGGGCACCAGCCUGGAGAGUCUGGCUUUUCUUCAUGCGAGGGAUCAUUCCUCUGCUGGAGAGAUGGCUUGGCAACCUGCUCUCUCGACAAUUCGAAGGCCGGCACAGCAAGGGUGUUGCGAAGACCGUCACCAAACAGCGAGUUGAAUCGCAUUUUGACCUCGAGCUUCGUGCCUCGGUCAUGGCAGAUCUGAUGGACAUGAUGCCCGAAGGUAUCAGACAGAACAAGGUCAAUACUGUACUUCAACAUCUGUCCGAAGCGUGGCGAUGCUGGAAGAGCAAUAUCCCAUGGAAAGUGCCUGGUUUACCUGCCCCAAUUGAAAACAUCAUCUUGCGAUACGUCAAGAGCAAGGCUGACUGGUGGAUCUCCGUUGCCCACUACAACCGAGAGCGCAUCAGGCGGGGUGCGACUGUCGACAAGACCGUGGCGAAGAAGAAUCUUGGCCGUUUGACAAGAUUGUGGUUGAAGGCCGAACAAGAACGACAGCACAAUUACAUGAAAGACGGUCCAUACGUGUCUUCUGAAGAAGCUGUUGCGAUCUACACAACCACCGUCCACUGGCUCGAGUCACGGAAAUUCUCCCCCAUUCCUUUCCCCAGCGUCUCGUACAAGCAUGAUACGAAGAUUCUUAUCUUGGCUUUGGAGCGACUCAGGGAGGCUUACUCCGUCAAAGGAAGAUUGAAUCAGAGUCAGCGAGAAGAGCUUGCGUUGAUUGAACAAGCCUAUGAUUCUCCGGGAACAACUCUUGCCAGAAUCAAGCGCUUCUUGCUCACUCAAAGAGCCUUCAAGGAGGUUGGCAUCGACAUGAAUGAUAACUACAACUCCAUCAAUCCAGUCUACGACAUUGAGCCAAUCGAGAAGAUCACUGAUGCGUACCUUGAUCAAUAUCUCUGGUAUCAAGCGGAUACGCGACACCUUUUCCCGUCCUGGGUCAAGCCUUCCGACUCAGAAGUCCCACCUCUUCUGGUUUACAAAUGGGCCCAAGGUAUCAAUAACUUGACCAAUGUGUGGGAGACGGCAGAUGGAGAGUGCAACGUGAUGCUCGAGACUCAGCUGUCCAAAGUCUACGAGAAGAUCGAUUUGACUCUGCUCAACCGGCUCCUUCGACUCAUCAUGGACCACAAUCUAGCGGAUUACAUCACUUCCAAGAACAAUGUCCAGCUCAAUUAUAAGGACAUGAACCACACGAACAGCUACGGUAUGAUUAGGGGUUUGCAAUUCUCUGGCUUUGUCUUCCAGUACUAUGGCCUGGUCAUCGAUUUGCUUCUACUUGGAUUGCAGCGAGCUUCCGAGUUGGCUGGACCGCCUCAGAGCCCGAACGACUUCCUGCAAUUCCGUGACCGAGAGACCGAGACCAGACACCCCAUCCGACUGUACACCAGAUACAUCGACAAAAUUUGGGUCUUCUUCAGGUUCAGUGCAGAAGAGUCGAAGGAUCUAAUCCAGCGCUUCUUGACCGAGCAGCCGGAUCCCAACUUCGAGAAUGUGAUCGGGUAUAGGAACAAAAAGUGCUGGCCCCGAGAUUCCAGGAUGAGGCUGAUGAGACACGACGUCAAUCUCGGUCGUGCCGUAUUCUGGGACCUGAAGAACAGACUGCCUCGUUCCAUCACCACGAUCGAAUGGGACGAUACCUUUGCAAGUGUCUAUUCGCGUGACAAUCCAAAUCUGCUCUUCUCCAUGUGCGGUUUCGAGGUGAGAAUCUUGCCGAAACUUCGAAACCAGAACGACGAGUUCCCGGUCAAGGACAGCGUCUGGGCUCUUGCCAACAAUGAGACCAAGGAAAGGACCGCAUUCGCGUUCUUGCAAGUGACCGAAGAAGAUAUUUCAAAGUUCAAUAAUCGCAUCAGACAGAUUCUCAUGUCGUCUGGGAGUACUACUUUCACCAAGAUUGCAAACAAGUGGAACACCACCUUGAUUGCUCUGUUCACGUACUACAGAGAAGCUGCUGUUUCCACCGUCAACCUGUUGGACACCAUUGUCAAGUGUGAGACGAAGAUUCAGACUCGUGUCAAGAUUGGCCUGAACUCGAAGAUGCCUUCCCGUUUCCCGCCUGCUGUAUUCUACACACCAAAGGAACUGGGCGGCUUAGGCAUGAUCUCCGGUUCUCACAUCUUGAUUCCGACAAGCGACAAGCGAUGGUCCAAGCAGACAGAUACUGGCGUCACGCAUUAUCGAUCGGGUAUGUCUCAUGAUGAGGAGACCUUGAUCCCCAACAUCUUCCGGUACAUCAUCCCUUGGGAAGCCGAGUUCAUCGACUCGCAGCGAGUAUGGACGGAGUAUUCCCAGAAGCGAAUGGAAGCAAAUCAGCAAAAUCGCCGUCUGACGCUCGAAGAUCUCGAGGAUAGCUGGGACAGAGGUCUCCCCCGGAUUAACACGCUCUUCCAGAAAGACAGGAGUACCUUGUCCUUCGACAAGGGGUUCCGGGCUCGCACCGAGUUCAAACAAUAUCAACUGAUGAAGAGCAACCCUUUCUGGUGGACGAGUCAGAGGCAUGAUGGAAAAUUGUGGAACUUGAAUGCCUAUAGGACGGAUGUCAUCCAGGCGCUGGGCGGCGUCGAGACCAUCCUGGAGCAUACUCUGUUUAAAGCUACGGCGUUCCCUUCGUGGGAGGGUCUCUUCUGGGAGCGUGCCAGCGGCUUCGAAGAAUCGAUGAAGUUCAAGAAGCUUACCAACGCGCAGCGCUCUGGUCUCAACCAGAUUCCGAACCGACGGUUCACUCUGUGGUGGUCGCCAACCAUCAACCGUGCAAACGUCUAUGUUGGGUUUCAGGUCCAGCUCGAUCUGACUGGUAUUUUCUUGCAUGGCAAGAUUCCAACCUUGAAGAUCUCUUUGAUCCAGAUUUUCAGAGCCCACUUGUGGCAGAAGAUCCACGAGAGCGUUGUCAUGGAUCUGUGCCAGGUCUUCGAUCAAGAACUCGAGCAGUUGGGGAUAGAGACUGUGCAAAAGGAGACCAUCCAUCCCAGGAAGUCAUACAAGAUGAACAGCUCGUGCGCAGAUAUCCUGCUCUUCGCCAGUCACAAGUGGAAUGUCACACGGCCAUCCCUGCUGUUCGACACCAAGGAUCAGAUCGAAGCAAACACGACGAACAAGUUCUGGGUCGACGUCCAGCUGCGGUACGGUGACUACGACUCCCACGACAUCGAACGCUACGUCCGAGCCAAGUACCUCGACUAUACGACCGACAGCAUGAGUAUCUAUCCCUCCGCGACUGGGUUGAUGAUCGGCAUCGAUUUGGCAUAUAACCUCUAUUCUGCCUAUGGACAAUACUUCCCCGGUCUGAAGGCUCUGAUACAGCAGGCCAUGGCAAAGAUCAUGAAGGCCAACCCGGCUCUCUAUGUGCUACGCGAGCGCAUCAGAAAAGGUCUUCAGCUCUAUGCCUCUGAGAGUACACAAGAGUUCCUCAAUUCUCAGAACUAUUCGGAGUUGUUUAGCAACCAGACGCAGUUGUUUAUUGACGAUACCAACGUAUACAGGGUGACCAUCCACAAGACAUUUGAGGGGAAUCUGACGACGAAACCGAUCAAUGGUGCUAUCUUUAUAUUCAACCCGAAAACUGGCCAGCUGUUCUUGAAGAUCAUUCACACCAGCGUUUGGGCUGGUCAGAAGCGUCUUGGACAGCUAGCCAAGUGGAAGACGGCCGAGGAAGUAGCAGCGCUCAUCAGAUCUCUGCCCGUCGAAGAACAGCCCAAGCAGCUGAUUGUCACGCGGAAGGGUCUCCUUGACCCACUGGAGGUUCACCUGCUGGAUUUCCCCAACAUUUCGAUCCGCGCUUCAGAACUUCAGUUGCCCUUCCAGGCUGCAAUGAAGGUCGAGAAGUUGGCGGACAUGAUUUUACAAGCCAAGGAGCCACAGAUGGUGCUCUUCAACUUGUAUGACGAGUGGCUGAAGACGAUCUCCUCGUACACGGCUUUCUCGAGGCUGAUCCUCAUCCUGCGCGCUCUGCACGUUAACACGGAUAAAACCAAGCUGCUUCUGCGACCUGACAAGACCGUCAUCACUCAGGCACAUCACAUCUGGCCCACGCUGUCGGAUGAAGACUGGAUCAAGGUAGAAGUCCAGUUGAGAGACUUGAUCCUCAACGACUACGGCAAGAAGAACAAUGUCAAUGUCCAGUCUCUGACCAGCAGCGAAGUGCGCGAUAUCAUCCUGGGUAUGGAGAUUUCGGCGCCGUCCAUGCAAAGACAACAAGCUGCCGAGAUUGAGAAGCAGCAACUGGAACAGCAACAGUUGACUGCCGUGACCACCAAGACGCAGAACGUCCGAGGUGAAGAAAUCAUCGUCACCACCACGUCUCAAUACGAGCAGCAAUCCUUUGCGUCGAAGACCGAAUGGCGAACCCGAGCCAUUGCCACCUCGAAUCUCCGAACUCGUGCGAACAACAUUUACAUUUCCGGUGACGAUGUUCAGGAGGCCGAGGAAUCGUACACUUACAUCCUGCCCAAAAACGUCCUCAAGAAAUUCAUCACCAUUGCCGACUUACGUGUCCAAGUGGCUGGGUACCUCUACGGCUCGUCGCCGCCAGACAACGACCAAGUCAAGGAGAUUCGCACAAUCGUGCUGGUGCCUCAAGUCGGCUCCACACGCGAGGUACAGCUGCCGCAACAACUACCUCAGCACGAAUAUCUGAAGAACAUGGAACCCUUGGGCAUAAUCCACACCGCGUCGGGAAACGAGACAUCUUACAUGCCGGCCUCUGACGUGACCAUGCACUCCCGCCUGAUGGCUCAGCAUCCGACGUGGGACAAAAAGACAAUCACCCUGACCGUCAACUUCACACCCGGCUCCGUCUCGCUCAGUUCGUGGUCUCUCACUCCGCAGGGCUACACGUGGGGUGCCCAAAACAAGGAUACCCAAUCUGACAACCCUGCUGGAUUUUCGACUUCGUUUGGUGUCAAGACUCAACUGCUCCUCUCGGACAAGAUACGCGGGUAUUUCCUGGUCCCCGAGACGGACGUGUGGAAUUAUAGUUUCAUGGGCGCGCAGUUCUCGACCGUCGAGAAGAGACCUGUCUAUGUCAAGAUCGACACGCCAAAGAGGUUCUAUGACGAUUUGCAUCGGCCGGUGCACUUUAGCAGUUUUAAUGAGCUGGAGGAUAUCUGGGCGGAUCGGGAAGAUGCUUUUGCUUAG